AGUCAGUAAAAGACUUCCUUCACAAUGUUGGCCACUAUAUGGAUUCUACUGUUCGUGAGAUUUGGUCCAGCCUUGUGCCAGAAAUACACCAGGAGUACGAUAGAUCAUCAGUCGGACACGGAAGUAAGUAAGUUCAUGAGGACCAUGGAUGUAAUACCAGAUGUAAUCCAUAUAGGACCCCAGGAGUUCCUUAAUGUAACAUACCAUGGCCAUGUGCCAGCCCACUGUGGAAAGUUGCUACAUCCCAUGCAAGUCCGCGAUGAACCAGCCUUAAGAUGGCCAUCAGAGCCGGAAAACUACUAUACCCUACUGAUGGUAGAUCCGGAUGUGCCAAACGUGUUAACGCCUACGCACCGGGAGUUCCUCCACUGGAUGGUGCUGAACAUUCCUGGCAAUCGACUUGACCUUGGCGAUGUACGAGUGGGAUACAUGGGCGCCACUCCUUUGAAGGGCACCGGAACCCAUCGGCUCAUCUUCCUACUCUACAAGCAGAGGGACUACACCAAGUUUGACUUCCCAAAACUGCCCAAGCACUCAGCUAAAGGACGUAGUAAAUUCCAUACCAAACUCUUUGCUAAGAAAUAUAAACUUGGUUAUCCAGUAGCUGGAAACUUCUUCACAUCCAGCUGGAGUCCCGAUGUCCCAGCUCUUAUAAAGGUAAUCUCCCACAGUGCUCGUCAUACCAUGUAUCCCUAGGUUUUUAGUUUUAAGAAUUUUAAAUCUUGUAUUAACGUUUAAAAAUGCAUAAAAAUAAACUUUAAAUCAGCGGAUCAAAA